UUCUUCCGGCUCUUGGAAUCAUGGGUAAAAUUCAAGAUGGCUGCGCCCAUGGUCGGGAAGUUCGAUGGAAACCUUUGCGAUAUCUUGCAGAAUGUUCAGCAGAUUGAUACGUUUUUAGAUGUUAUAUUUGAGUUUUUGUACAGAAGAACCGAUUUCUACAAAUCCAUGCGCCAUCAACACGACACCAUGGGGUUGCCCCCUGGUAUGGCAAGAAGGCUGGUCAUGCAGACAUUCAUGAAAUAUGAGAAAAUAGGACAAGGUCCUCAGCUUUCUGAUCUUCAAAUUCAAGAACCAGGUGUGCCAGAACCAAUGAACACUGUGGAGAUAACAGAAAUGACGGAAACCGCAGACAGUACUACAGAAAAGGCAAAGAAGGCUGAAACAGAGACAAGAGAAGAAACGCCUGCUGACACCAAGAUGAAGGAAACACAGGCUGAACGUAAAACCAGUGAAAGCAACACAGAUGUGACCAAGCCAAAGACAGGGGACAGACAUAUCAUCACCGAGUCGGACACCUACAACGGGGCACUGCGAGAUAACUACGCCUGGUCCCAGACUCUGGGCGACGUAGACCUGAAGGUGUUUGUGCCGGAGACGUUACGGAAGGCCAAGGACCUCACUGUGGACAUCAGAGAGGAUCACGUCAAGGUGGCAGUCAAAGGGCAACACACAGGUGCCUCAGAGCCCCAGGUCUUACUGGACGGCAAACUGACCAUGAAGGUGCGCUGUGAUCAGUCAAUGUGGAGUCUGCAUCCAGGCCACUAUGUCCAGCUCAGCCUAGAAAAACAGAAGGAGACAUGGUGGCGUGCGAUAGUGGAAGGCGAGCCGCCGAUCGAUAAUAAGAGUAUCGACAACGUGCAGAACGUGAGCGAGAUGGACGAGGAGGCUCAGCAGGAUUACCGGCGAGUCAUGUUUGAUAUGGAGCAGAAGAGACUAGGCAAACCAACCAGUAAAGAAAUGGAGACUCACGAUAUUCUGAGGAAGGCCUGGGAUGCAGAAGGCUCACCGUUCAAAGGCACAGAAUUCGACCCGUCCACAGUAAACAUCAGCACGUGAUAUGCUCCCUGAAUAUUGGUCCUUGUGUAUUCAUGUACAUACAUUACUGCUUCUGAAAUCUGUGGCAUAACAGUGUAAAUUCAGCUCCAUUCUGUCAGAUGAGGUAACAUUGUCCAGUCGUACUCUUAUUACUACAUGUAGAACAAGCAGUUUUUACUAGUUUGCAAGAUACUAAAAAAAUCCAUGAGUAUGGGCUCCGUGCGUAAACAAGAGAGGGCGCUGUUUUACCACUUUUGUUAGCCUCGUGAGCAGGACACACCAUGUGCCCAUACUGGUUUGCGUGCUCAUACUGGUUUGCGCACGUAUAGCACGAAGUACGCACAACUUGUUUUAUUAUGAAUAUGCACUAAGUUAUUGCGUCUUCGCGUGAGCGUCAGGCGUUAUCUCCCGAUGGCCUCCCCCACCUCUCCCUUUCUUACCGUUGAGGGGGUACUUUAUGCACGGAGCCCACACAGACAGAACAGACACAAACAAGUACAUCAUACUGCCAAAGAUAGUAUUCUGUAUACUUAAAUAGUAAUUUAUUACAUUGUCAGUUUACAACUAAUAUUUGUUUACUUCAAAAGUAAAAAAAAAAAUUUGCUGUUAAUUCUUGUGAAAAUCGAAUACAAAAAAAAAUUAGCACUUGGAUGCACCAUCCAAACCCAAGCUUACACCCACAGAAUUAACUAGGCAUGACUGAAAGAUUAGUCUUCUUGAUUCUUACAUUUGCAGUAAUUUUGGGUGAACAUCUUAUGUACUGUGCUCUUUUAAAUAAUGUUACAUAUGCGUGGCCCCUGCUCUCAAUAAAAUAAGAUUUUGUUUUCUGCUAACAAAUUUACAAUUUGUAUGUU